UGUCCUCCAAGGCUUCUGUAGGCUCCAUCGGUUGCAUCAACCAGUUUCCACUAAUAGUCCGCAUGCACUCUGAUGUAGCUAUGGAGUUCUUCACCUUUUUGCUCUUUUUAAAUACACAAGGAAAUCAUAAUAGAGUAAUAUACCAAUGAGAAAAUUGCUGGAGCAGAGUGGAGAUUGAACCAGCGGUACCCACUCACUGUUGGGUGAACAGAGGCGUACAGUUAAGGAUUGGUGCCUAGUCAAUCCUCCCCGGCUAGGAUACGAACCUUGGCCUGAUCGCUCGCGAAGCGUAUUGAGAGUGUCUUAUCACUGCCCCACGGGGACUGCCAAUAAUUAUAUAAAUAAGCAACUGCACCAAGAACCACUACAAUACGCAGGAAUUUUGUCUAGGAUUUCCGAUGACUUCAGUUUAAGAGUUAAAGAGCGAGAAGAAUAUUGUGAAGAAGAGGGUGAAGAACAUAAUGAUGACGAUGAAAAGGAUGAUGAUGAUUAAGAUAAAGAAGCAUCAGAAUUCAGCGUGGGUUGGCACUAUCCUGCACGUGACAAAACGAUAAGCUCCACAGCCAAGGAUCCGCUCCCACAGCCUGAGGGAGGUGGCACAGGGCCAGCAGGGACGUCCUGCAGUCCUGGUGCAGCCUGCGGGGGCAGAGGACGUCGUCGGAGCCGGGUCCCGUGCACUUGAUCAUCCAGGGAGGACCCCAGCCAGACCAGGAUGGCCCAGUGGACGGUGGUGUGGUGGUGCCUGAUGGUGAUCACUGCAGACGCGGGCCUCGCCAGCGGUGUGGAGGAGUGCUUCUUGUACCCCGUGACGAAGGGGGAGAAGAGCCCCAGCGUCCCCCUCCAGGACAGCGGCGACACCAUCAUCACCAUCAACAACAUCUACGACAACAACACCGUCACCACCAUCACUACUGACGAUGGUGUCUGUGUGGCGCGGGUCCUUCAUAAGAGCACUUAUAAACCGAGGGAAGAUGGCUGCCCUGUCCUCGACGCCAGCGCUGUCGACACCAGCACCGGGACGAGGCAAGAGUUAGUGACGGUGGUUGUGCGUCGGGGAGGAGGGAGGACCAGCGUGUACCUGCGGGACUCCGGGGACCACGAUCACCAGGUCAAGGUCAACCUCAGUGACGCCAGCAGCCUUCACGUUGUGUCCCAGGAGUUCAUCAACGUUGGUUACGGCUGUUACGACGGAUGUUUCCAGUUCCAGAAGGCCACCAUUCACAAGAGCUUCAGUGACGGACGUCCUGGAUCUUUACUCUUCUACGGACAACUUACGGGCUCGGGACCACCCAAGGGGACCAUAUAUGCUUUAAGAGACGCUGGUUGGAACCAAAGGAGAGGUUUCUACCCACAGGACAGUAUAAUGAACAACACUCACUGGUUCGCGUUCCGAGCGCUGCCAGAGUACACCAGAGACAACAGGGGUAAAUACAUACUUAGCCUGACACUCCGGUACGAGACUGCCACCUCCAGCUGCAGCCCGGAGGACCCAGCCUGCAAUCCAGGACAGAUUACACAUUUUGUAGGAGACGUUCCUUCCAAGGAUUUGUACCUGACUUUCUAUGCGACGGAGAAUGUGCGGUGGGCCGUGUUCUGCCGGCCUCUGACCACUAGCCAGGAGCCAGGUGAGGAGGACCAGCCAGCUCUUACCACAACCACCUCACCAACCACUAUUAAUUGGUCUCUUCCCUUAAACAACAGCUGCCAAAUUAAUGAUUGUCAAGAAAUGGCGAUGUUGUGGCGUGUAAUGUGGAGUGCGCUGGUGCUGGCAGUGGUGUGCGUGCUGCUGUUGCUGGUCACCGUCUUCCUCAACAUUAUUAUUGUACGUCGACAACCACCACCAUCUCGCCCCUCUCACCCCAACACCGUCCCUCUCGCCGUCACCUCUCUACCAAAUAACGACCCUGCGAAUCACAUUUACGACUACCUAGAACCUGAUCCUCUCUAAGAUGACUGUCACCAAGCCAGAAGACUCCCCAGGACCGUUUAGCUCCGGAGCCAUAACCCAGCCCGCUGGUGAUAAUGCCAUAAGAGAAGUUUAACUGACGUGACUGGCAGGCUAAGUUAAUAGGUCACUAGUGGUUCUUCCUCAACUCUGAAAGGCUGCUUGCAAUAGGGAAUAUACCUUUGAAUUAGCUAAAGAGCAAUAUAUUGACAAAAUAGUGAUAGAGCUCACUCAUGCAUCAAAUAUGUGAAAAUGGGAUUUAUAUAUAUAUAAAAAUCGAGCAGUAAAAUAUUUAAUUGUUAAAAGGAAUAGGAGGAUAAAAUGCGUAAUCAAAGUAUGCUUGCCAAGUAGUGUAGUGUGAAGCGGUAUUAGUUUGUAAUGUAUGCUUGAACUAAGUCAACUCUGAUAACAGCAUCGGGUGAGGUCCACAGGACUAACAAUACUACAUACUGUGUGAUCGAAACAUUUAUAAUGCUGAACAAUUUGGAAGACUUUAAUCUAGACAACUUCCUGAAAAGGUUCAAUGUAAUUGACACAGGGGGCAAUAGCUUCAUGCUCAACAAGCCACAACGUAGGACACACAACAGGACAUAAAUUCUUUAAUCAAGGUUAAUGGAAUCGCGAAUCACUAUACCUUCUGAUUCUGCAACUCCAACAGCACCUCGUGCAAAACAUACUUCAGAAGCCCUUGAUCCUGCAGCACCGUCUACAGGGCUUCCUACUAGUGGAAUUGUUCCUGCUGCAACUUGCGAUCCUGCAAUACAACCUCAAACACCGGCUCUUGCAACAACAACUAUAGAAUCCACUGAUUCUUCAACAUCAACUUGAGCACCUUCAGGCACUGAAUCAGCUGCCGCUGUAGCACUUGAGCAGUCUGCCUGAGACAAACCCUCUACAUCAUCUGGAGAAGAAACAUCAGAGAAUGUCACUGAUGCCUCCACACAUCCACCAUCUCGACAUUUCAAGAUCAAGAAAACCACAUCUCCAGAUGAAGACACUCAAGAACUAGACAUUGAAGCCCAAGAAUAUUACAAAAGCAUGGAAUCUCCAGUAAGCAGACGAGACCAAGAAUAUCGAAAAAGCAAAGAAGAAGAGGAUCCUUCUCUGAAAGUGAUCAUUCCAGCUGAAACAAUCCAUAAAUCAUGUGAUCUUGACAGUUUUACGACCUUCAUGAGAUUCCCAUCUCCCAGACAUACGAUCUUCAUGAGAGUCCCAUCUCCCAGACAUACGAUCUUCAUGAGAGUCCCAUCUCCCAGACUUACGAUCUUCGUGAGAGUCCCAUCUCCCAGACUUACGAUCUUCGUGAGAGUCCCAUCUCCCAGACUUACGAUCUUCGUGAGAGGUCUCAUCUCCCAGAGACUUACGACCUUCACAUUGAGACUCACACUCAUAGAAGCUCUUGGCGUCUUUCUUGCUUUAUCUUUCUCUAGCAUAUAAAUACAUGAUACAUUCCUGUGUGAAAUAUGUAUAUAACAAUAUAUUAUAACCUGUCCUCAACACAUAUCAGUAGUACAAUAUUGGACUUAUAAUGUAGGUCAACUUUGGCACUUAACUAUGAAUGUUCAAAUCUUUGUUCAUAGUUUACGCAUAUAUUUGUUUACCUUCUUUUCGGGGCAAAUUCACCCUGUGAAGUAUAGGUAAGUUAGGUAAGGCUAGGUUAAGUUAGGAUAGUUUUACAUUUAUUAAAAUGUUGGGAGAAAGUUUUUAAGUAACUAUGAAAAAAAUUAUAGCGAUGGCCUUGAUUUAUUCAUAUAACUAAUAAAUGAUCUCGGUCUGGUAUAAUAAUUAUCUCUAAGAAACCAUUAGUAACAUCGCCGGACCCCGACCUGGCUUACCCGGCAGCCGAUGUCUGUUUCUCUGGCGCUGUCGACGGGGAACUCUGGUAUUUUAUUAAGUGUAAUGUGUAGUCCAAAUAUAGAUAAUAAUGUCGAGCAGAGUCGUCACGACAAGCUCCUCCAUUGUAUAUUUCUUAUAAAUAAACAUAUGACAUUUC